AUGGGUGUUUCAUCUAUUUCUCCUAUGAAUCUUGCAAUACCAUCUAAACCAAUUCAAGAAUUGAUCAAAUCUACAACAGAAAAAGAUGUUCCCGAAACUUACAAAAUCCAACAACUUUCAAAUAUAUCAGAUGAUAAUACGAGUAAUAAUAAUCACUCUGAGAUCGAAUACAUGGUGACUCCAUCAAUCGAUCUUGGCCUACUUUCAAAUGCAUCAUCAACCCAACACGAACAAGAACUGCAAAAACUUCGUUCUGUUCUUAAUUCAUGGGGUUGCUUACAGCUUAUCAAUCAUGGGUUGGCUAGUUCAUUACUAGAUAAAAUCCGUGAAGUCGGGAAGGAAUUCUUUGGUCUACCAUUGGAACAAAAACAGAAGCACAACAGAACAUUGGACUGGUUUGAAGGUUAUGGAGGCGAUACAAUUUCUGAGUGUCAGAAUUACAACUGGAAUGAUAGACUGCAUCUCAGAGUUUACCCUCUUGAUCACCGCAAUUUCAACUUUUGGCCUGAAUAUAUUCCAAAUUUCAGGGAAACAUUGGAGGAGUACGCAGUGGAAGUGAGGAGAGUAACAAAAUCUCUCUUAAAGGCGAUUGCGAAAUCAGUGGAGUUGGAUGAAGACAGCUUUUUGAAAGAGUGUGGAGAUGACGAGGCCAUGAACUUGUUCACAAGAUUCAAUUAUUAUCCGCCAUGUUCAACACCAGAACGCGUUAUAGGCCUUAAACCACAUUCGGAUGGGACAGUCGUUACCAUUCUCCAACAAGACAAACAAGUUGAAGGUUUACAAGCUCUCAAAGAUGGCCAAUGGUUUAAAGUUCCAAUUGUUCCUAACACUCUUUUUAUCAAUAUUGGUGACCAUAUGCAGAUGAUGAGUAAUGGCAAACUGAAGAGUGUGGUGCACAAAGUUGUGAUUGAUAAGGAAAAGGAAAGGAUUUCUAUUGCUACGUCGAUUGUAGCCCAUGACUACGCUAAAAGCUUCUAUGCAAGAAGAGCCGGAAUUAUGUGA